GGCUGCGUUUGUUCGCGAUUUACCGUCGCGACCAAUGAACUCGCGUGCUCACGUCAGAGCCGUCUGCUGAGUUUUGUUAUGCGUGUCUCUCUCUUAACCUCAAACGCGCUCUGCGCGACAGCGAUUUUAACGGUAAUUUAACAGCUGAAGAGACCUUGUCACGCUUGAUUAAAUCAAACGAGAAGAUUACACCGGAAUUUGAUUCCUCUCGAAAUGGGCGAUUCAGACGAGGAGAAUUACGCGACGUUCGGCGUUCCUCUUGAUCCCUUGGACGAAGAGAACAUCCCGCGAAAGAAGCCCGUUACGAUCGAGGAUCAAUUUGCCUACGACGCCCAAGGUAGACGUAGGUUUCACGGGGCGUUUACAGGCGGUUUCUCAGCAGGAUAUUUCAACACUGUCGGUACUCGCGAUGGAUGGAGACCGCAACAGUUCAAGUCUUCCAGGAGUAGCAAGGCGGAUAAUGUCCUUCAACGACCGGAGGACUUUAUGGACGAGGAGGACACCGGUCUGUUCGGGAUUGCUCCUAAAGGUAUUCGAGCUACCAGCGAUUAUGCUGAUCAUGGACAGAGAGGAAAGAAGAGGGAGAGGAUAACUCAAGAAGGACCUAUUCCUGGUACUCCCAUCUUAAAAGAGCUUCUAAAACCUGUCAAAGAAACAGUAGGUAUCAUCCUGCUCAAGAAAAUGGGUUGGAAACCUGGCCAAGGUGUGGGCUCCAGACUGACGAAAAAAGAAAAGCAGAAGAUAAAGCUACGUAAUGAGAAAUUAAGAUUAGGGCGGAAUAAUCUCGAAAUGGUAGGGAGCAAUUCUGAGGAUUCCGAUGAUGACUCUACCAAUAUUACUUUUGCACCUGAUGAUUAUGAGCCAUUCAGAUGCAAGCCAAAGGACAAUUAUUUUGGCAUUGGUUAUUCGGGUCUAGACAGGCGGAAAGUCCUUUCCGGUCAUAUCAAUCUUUUUGAUACCCCGGCAUUUUGCGUCAAGGAUAAAAACAAAAAAUUGUCGAUUCACGGACAAGCGUUUGGAGUUGGUGCUUUUGAAGCUGACGAUGAGGAUAUAUACGAGAGAGAAGACAUGUCGCGUUAUGACUUUACUUUAGGUCCCGAACGUAAGACUAACAAUAAGACGAGGUGGUCCCAAGAAGGCUCGAGUAGCUCGCAAACCGAUUGCCUUGAGGGUUUUAUCCGCGCGAAGGAGAGACUUGAGAGCAAGAAAGUUUUUAAAGCUCCAGAAUUACCAAAGGAUUUUGCACCAGUGCACGCUAUUAGGAAAAGCAGAUUUUAUCCGCCGAUUGCAGCCCCAGUAGAUAAUAAACGUAAGGAGCCAUUGAAUGCCAUAGAUAGAGCGCGGAUUUUAGAAGACUCCGAUGAACGUUUCAAGAAACCACAGGCUUCUUCAAGUACAUCCGUUGCCGCUAAUAUUAUUUCAAAAACCUUGAAUUUACAUGGUAAACAACAAACGGAGGAGAGAGAAAACGUGGAGAGUCAGCGGAAGACGACAGGUAACUCUUGGUUGGAUAAAUUGAACGUGCAAAACUUUGUCAAAGGCGCCAUUGUCGGUUCGAGACCGGACGAUACAGGUAGUUUAAAGAAGUUGGAAGAUUUUAAAGAAUCUUUGUCGACAUCUGCGCAAUCAAACAUAGAAAAAUCGACGGAAAGCGAUUCCUUGAAGAAGAGUGAAACAAGUAAAUUGUUCUUGUCUAAUCCGGAUAAACAGAAACGAUUCGAGCAGUAUCUUAUCUUCUCGAAGAACGGUGAGAAGGACAAGUUCGAAAGUAUUCAACCACUUUCUAUGACCGAUUGGGAGAGAGAGCAAGAACGCGAGGAAUUCGAGCAAGCGACAAAACUGGAGCAGUCGAAUACGUAUAUGGCAGACAAGUUUGUACAUAGCGCUGAUCAUACGACGGACAGAAUGGAUCCGGAAAAGGACGUAAAGGAAGCGGUGAGAUUGAAAAUGUUUGGCAAACUUACGCGACAGCGAAGCGAAUGGAAACCGGCGAGUAUCGUUUGCAAGAGAUUCAAUAUUCCCGAACCAAAAGUUGGCUGUGCGACGAUUGCAACGGAUCGGAAAUCGGCGAGAUUCUCCGUUUUUGAUUCUUUGGAUUGGUGUAGUUCAUCGAAAUUCACGAAAGCUACGGAUACAGUUGAGACACAGGUGGAAGAAGUUACCCGAUCGAAGGAGAAAACGGAAGAAAAUAUAAACAAAACGAUUUCCAACACUGGUUCCAAUAAUAUUCCAUCUAACAUCUACCAACCUUCAGAACCCAUCUCUGAGAAAUUUAAAAUCUUCGAAGCUUCCUACGAAAAAGUUUUCGGCAAAGGUAUUCCUUCCGCAACGUCGAAAGAUGUCAAACAGGAUGUGAGAGAUAAUUUAGAAGAUAAAACAGGAUUAGAAGAGAAAAAAGAAAUAGAUUCCGAGCCGGUAUCUGUGCUUAAAGAUCAAUCAGAAGAAAAGAAGGAUCUAUUCAAAGCAAUUUUCCUCAGCAGCAGCGAAGAUUCCGAUAGCGAGACGGAGGAUAAUGUUGACAGCGAGACUGUCAAAUCGAUUUUGAUCGGGAAAGAUCCGAAAGAGUUAAAUGUGCAACGCAACACAUCGCCACCGCGAGGUAUCUUCGCGAAAUUGGAUCUCGACAGCUUGGUGACGCAACCGAAAUGCAUUAAUGAUGAAAGUACGACUUGUAAAAUUUCGGAAACUAGUUUGCCAAUUACCGGUGAAUCGCGGAACGAUGCCACGGAUCAUAACGAUGUAAUUGAUGACGCAGAGAUUGCAGUACUGCCAGAUAUGUAUGGUCCGGUUCUGCCUCAGAGAUUGUUGAAACAGGACAACGCUGCAACGACGACAGAAGCUGAUAACGCCAAACAACUGAAACCAGUAUUUCGAAGCGUCGUGGUGUCGAAAACUACGGAGGAUUCGAAACUCGGCGGAAAAUGGGUGGAACGAGACAAAGUGAAAAAAUCGAAGAAGAAACACAAGCAUAAGGAACAUAAAAGCCCUAAACACAAGAAGAAGUCUAAGAAAGAGAAACGUUCGAAACGUUGAUUUCUCCCUAUUUUCUCUUGGGAAUUCAAGCAAUAUAAAUGAUAAAUUGAUUUAUAAUCGCCUGAUGGAAAUACCUGUCAAAGAACACAACACAAUUGUAUAUAAGAAUGUUCGAAAUACUUCAUACUUCAUACUCAACUAAAACUGUUCCAUAUAUUUAUUAAUUAAUGUUUAUGCGCUUACUUGGCGAUACAUAUAUGUACAUCUGUAACAUAGACUGAAAAUAUAUAAUGUUUGAACUGUGAUCUACAGUUCUGAGCAUGUUAACGAA